AUGGUUAUACUUUUCUCAGGAUUGGUUUCUCCUUCACUUGGGGAAGAAACAAAGCCAGAAGGACCAGUAGGCAGAGAAGGAACAGCGGGAAGCGUAGGAACGGAGGGCAUAGUCGGAAUAAAUGGGAAUGGAGGAAACCUCGGCAGAGGUAACAGACGGGGGAAUGGGAACGGGAAUGGAGUAAAAUUUGGUAAAAAUGGCUUACCUGAUGGGAAAUUAGGGUUUGCAGCCCAUAAUGAUGGUGCUGUAGUAGAAGAAGGAUCAGUGGCAGCAGGAGGAAGAGGAGGAGAUGUUAGUGAUGGUGGAAAUGGAGGCAACAUUGAUGAAAAUGAAGGAUUUUCCGGUGUAAAAUCCGGUGCCGGAAAAGUUGCCUUGUCGAGUGAAGGCUUAGGUUCAUCUUCAAGAAGAAGUAACCUGCUAGAGGCUAAGCAUGAGUUUGUGUUGCAGAGAAAUAACAAGGCAAACAAGGUAAUCAAAAGGUUGAAGAUGAGUGUUGAAGCCAUGAUUUUGGAUUAA